AUGGCCCCCAAGAAGAACAAGUCGGAAGCCCAGUCCAUCGGCAGCAAGCUUGCCCUCGUCAUCAAGUCGGGCAAGGUUGUGCUGGGCUACCGCAGCACCUUGAAGGCUCUUCGCAGCGGCAAGGCCAAGCUCAUCCUCAUCUCCGCCAACACGCCUCCCCUCCGCAAGUCCGAGCUUGAGUACUACGCCAUGAUGUCCAAGACCGCCGUCCACCACUACACCGGCACCAACAUUGAGCUCGGCACCGCCUGCGGCAAGCUCUUCCGCUGCUCCACCAUGGCUAUCCUGGAUGCUGGUGACAGUGACAUCCUUAGCGACCAGGCUUAG